AUGUCUUCAUACUACGGAUACAACGCGCAUACUGCGCACGCUGCCCCCGUCUCCCACCACCACACCAACAGCCGCAAUCGCAGAACCCCUCGUCUUAACGUCUCGCAGUCGCAGCGCCAGUUCCGCGGCGUGCGCAGCAUGCGGGAGCUCAACGAGACGGCCGCCCUGUCUGCGUUCCGCACGCGGUUCGAGGCCGGCCGAUCCUUUGACCUCGAGGACGACCUCGAGUUCUGCCCCAACCUGCUGACCGAAAGCGACGUGAGUAGUCCUCCGAGUCCGGUGGAUUCUUCCCCUUCACGCAGCCUCUCUGACUCGCCGCUGCAACAGUUGGUGUCCAUCUCUGCUUCUGAGCGCUCUUCGCUGGCCAGCAACUCUCCCGAGGCCUCUCCCACCCAACAGCCUCAGACCGUCGCCCCCGCCUUUUCUCUCAACUCGUCAUCUCCUCCCUUUAUUCCUCCUCCCGGCGUCCAGCCUUUGACCAUGACCUUCCGGAUGGCUGCUCGUCCCCGCAAUGCCAUCCCCAUUGUCAACCCUGCCACUGGCACCUCCGUGCCCAGCCCGCCCCCUUCACUAUCGCCUGCCCGACUGCAGCAAUCCGUUCGCCGAUGGUAG